AUAUCAAAUCCUGUUUCCAUGCACAAGUGUAGAAAAUAACCCUGUACUCUUGAAACAUGAAGACUUGCAUUGAAAUAAAUGAAAGAAGAUCCUGAGAGCUAUUCAAAUACAAAUACAUUUGUUUCCUAUGGCACUCAAUUCUAAAUGUUUACAUCACAUAAGUACAAAAGAGUUUUAUUCAGUUAUAAAUUCCAAAAUGGCUGACUAUAUUCGAGGGAAGAAAGCAUACACUAAGUGGGAUGUAGAGACGGAUAAUGUUGAUUUGGACCUUCCAAUGGAUGGACAACCUGAAGUGCACGGUUAUAAGCCUGGUUGGUUUUCAGGAACUAAAGGAAAAGUUUUAAAAGCUUUGUUCAUCAUUGCUGUUUUUCUUGUUGGGUUGAUAUUUGGUUACCUGGUGCGACGAGGAGUACAUGAAGUUAUUCAGCAUAAGGAAACCUGUUCAAGCAGAAAUGUUUAUAGCUUUAAGAACCAGAAUGCUCAAUCACUUCAUAACUAUAUUGACCCCAGUAAAAUAGCUGUUUGGCUAAGAUAUUUGUCUGGACAAGUUCAAAAGGCUGGAGAUGAUUCUGGAAAAGAAUUGGCAUUGGAAAUCAGUAAAGCAUGGAAAAAGUAUGAUCUUCAAUUGACCAGAAUUGAAAAUUUCACAGUACUCUUGUCAUAUCCUUCAGACACUGCAUCCAACACUGUGGAAGUAAUUACUCAUAAUGGAAAAACAUUAGUCGAUACUUCAAGAAGCAUUAAGAAUGACACUUCUGAAGCAAAACCAUAUUUAGCAUAUUCACCAAAUGGAACAGCACAGGGUAAACCAGUUUAUGCAAAUUAUGGAAGAGUGGAAGAUUUUCAUAAACUGCUGGAGAUGAAUGUAACUAUUAAUGGAAGUGUUAUUAUUAUGAGACAAGGAAAGACUCAUCGAGGAAAUAAGUUGGGUGAUGAAGAUGAAUAUCCAGAAAUCAAUCUCAAAAAUGUGACAGUUGUUGAUGAGUCUGGUACAGUCAUAGACAUUUGA